UCCAGCAGCAGCGUGUUAAACCUCCUGCAAAACACAAACGGACAUGGAAUCAUGACAGCACGGGAAAGUGCUCAAUUUAGACCGCCAAAACCUUCCGGAGACCUAAAACCACUGGAAACAUGGACUAAAGGAUCUGUCACAUGCAUUUUAACAUGAUGUUUAAAGGUUGGACAAGCUGAAGACUUUUCUACAAGGACUUUUACCUCACGCGCACUCGUGAAUGUGCGCACUUGUAGUCGGGACAGCGGAGAAAACUGACUUUGGAUGUUUUUAAUUUAUUUAUUUAACUCUCUUGAGAAAUGUAAUGAAAAUUAAUAGUCAGAAAUGUCAUUCCCGGCUCAUGCGGAGACGCGUAAAUUCACCCGUGGUCUCAGUAAACCAGGCACGGCGGCGGAGCUACGGCAGAGCGUGUCAGAGGCGGUCAGGACGUCGGUAUUAGUGGUGAAACCGCGUGUGGUGGAGCCUCUGGACUACGAGAAUGUGCUGAUUCAGAGGAAGACUCAGAUUCUCAGCGAUGGACUCAGAGACAUGCUGCAGUUUCCUCUGGAGGACUUUCAGAUAUCUACACUGCCCCGACAGAUCCAAACACUCUUCCCCACAGUACCUGCACAAGCAAUGAGAGAGGCCCAGAGUCUAUUUGUGCAAGAGUGUAUAAAGACCUACAUAUCUGACUGGCAUGUUGUCGACUACAAAUAUGAGGAUUAUUCCGGUGACUUCCGACAGCUUUCCAACAAAAUGAUUAGACCUGAUAAUUUAGCACUGCAUGUGUUUGAGGUGGAUGAAGACGUGGAUAAAGAUGGGGACACAGCCUCUCUAGGUUCACAGAAGGGAGGUAUCAUCAAACAGGGCUGGCUGCAUAAGGGCAACAUGAACAGCACCAUCAGCGUCACUAUGAGGUCAUUCAAAAGAAGGUAUUUCCACCUGACGCAGCUGGGCGAUGGGUCAUAUAAUCUCAACUUUUACAAGGAUGAGAAGAUCAACAAAGAGCCCAAAGGAACCAUCUUUCUAGACUCCUGUAUGGGUGUCGUGCAGAACAAUCGCGUUCGGAGGUUUGCGUUCGAGUUGAAGAUGCAGGACAAGAGUGGAUACGUUCUGGCUGCAGACUCCGAGAGUGACAUGGACGACUGGAUCAGCACACUCAACAGAAUCCUCAACAGCAGUUUUGAGCUCGCCAUGCAGGACAAAAGGAAUGGAGAUCUGCACGACGAUGAAGAGCAGGGGAAGAGUGAUUGCUCCUCUAGCAGUAUGGACAGUUUUCAGAGUGCCAGAGACAUCGAGAGCAAGAUGAGAAAUGAGACACGGCUAAAACUCUUUACACUGGACCCAGACAUACAGAAGCUGGAUUUCUCUGGGAUUGAGCCAGAUGUGAAGCCGUUUGAGGAAAAGUUUGGGAAGCGGAUCUUGGUGACCUGUAAUGACUUGUCCUUCAACCUGCAGAGCUGUGUGGCGGAGAACGAAGAGGGACCCACCACUAACGUGGAGCCGUUCUUCAUCUCUCUUUCAUUGUUUGAUAUUCAGAAUGGUCGUAAGAUCUCCUCAGACUUCCAUGUGGACAUGAACCACCCGUCUGUGAAAGCAUUGCUUCCCGUAUCAGGCACUCACAUCAGCACAGGCGCACCAGACAGCCCGCAAGGAGCGCAACCUACAACCAACAACCUGCCAGAGAAUGCCAUUCAGUAUCCACGACAGGGAGUGUUUUCCGUGACCUGUCCGAAUCCUGACAUCUUCUUGGUUGCACGGAUAGAGAAGGUUUUACAGGGUGGAAUAGCACAUUGUGCCGAGCCAUACAUGAAGAACUCGGACUCUGCUAAGGCUGCUCAGAAGGUUCUGAAGAAUGCCAAGAUGGCCUGUAGCAGACUGGGUCAGUACCGCAUGCCAUUCGCAUGGGCCGCUAGGCCUCUGUUUAAAGACGCUUCUGGGACGGUGGACAAGAGCGCUCGAUUCUCAGCACUCUACAGGCAGGACAGUAACAAACUCUCCAAUGAGGACAUGUUCAAACUGCUCGCAGACUUCAGGAAGCCAGAAAAAAUGGCCAAGUUGCCUAUGAUUCUGGGUAAUUUGGAUGUUACGGUUGAUAACGUCGCACCAGAUCUGACCAACUGUGUCACGGCCUCCUAUCUUCCUCUUCAUCAGACUGAUGGUGUGGACAGUGGGAGGCUGGUGUUUGAGGUGGAGGAGUUUGUACCAUCUAUCGCUAAAUGCUCUCAACCUUUCACAAUUUACAACAACCACCUGUACGUUUAUCCACGACAUCUCAAAUACGACAGUCAGAAAACAUUCACCAAGGCCAGAAACAUUGCUCUGUGUGUGGAAUUCAGAGACUCGGAUGAAGAGGAUGCUCUUCCACUGAAGUGUAUAUAUGGGCGUCCAGGAGGGCCUCUGUUCUGUAAGAGAGCAUCUGCUGCUGUCUUACACCAUCAGCAGAACCCAGAGUUUUAUGAAGAGUUUAAGAUUGAGUUGCCAGCUCAGCUGACGGACAGACAUCAUCUGCUCUUCACUUUCCAUCACAUCAGCUGUGACAGCAACGGUAAAGCCAGUACAAAGAGACGAGAACAGGUCGAGACUCAAGGUGCGACACAUGUGGGCUAUGCAUGGCUGCCUCUGCUGAAGGAUGGCAGAGUGAUUGUGAAUGAACAGCACAUUGCAGUGGCUGCAAACCUUCCAGCUGGUUAUCUGAGUUACCAGGACAGCAGCAGCAAGCACACAGGUCAAGAGGUGAAGUGGGUGGAUGGAGGGAGGUCACUGCUCAAAAUCUCCACACAACUCGUGUCCACUGUCUACACACAGGAUCAACAUCUGCACAACUUCUUUCAUCACUGUCAGAGUAUCGAACCCACCGACCAAUCAGGAGGAGAGCUGAUCAAAUACCUGAAGAGUCUGCAUGCCAUGGAGGCUCAUGUGAUGGUAAAGUUCCUCCCUACCAUUCUGAACCAGCUGUUUCGUGUGCUCACCACCUUUGGUCAGGAAGAUGUUGUGGUCAAUGUCACCAGGGUGAUGAUCCAUAUCGUUGCUCAGUGUCAUGAAGAGGGUUUGGAGUAUUACUUGCGUUCCUAUGUAAAGUAUGUUUUGAAGGCUGAGACAAAGUUAACCAGUGGUAAAACUGUCCAUGAGGAGCUGGCCAAAGCCAUGACCAGCAUCCUGAAACCCUCCACUGACUUUCUCACCAGCAACAAACUACUGAAGUACUCCUGGUAUUUCUUUGAGGUUUUAGUCAAGUCUAUGGCUCAGUACCUGAUUGAGACGGGCAAGGCCAAGGUGUCCAGGAGCCAGCGUUUCUCCACUCAAUUCUACCACUCAGUGGAGACCUUAGUGACCAUGCUAAUGCCUCAUAUCACACAGAAAUACAAGGAUAACCUGGAUGCAGCACGAAACGCCAAUCACAGCCUUGCAGUGUUUAUCAAGCGCUGUUUUACCUUCAUGGACAGAGGGUUUGUCUUCAAACAGAUCAACAACUACAUCAACUGCUUUAUGCCUGGAGAUUCCAAAACUCUGUAUGAGUUCAAGUUUGAGUUUCUUAAGGUGGUCUGUAAUCAUGAGCACUACGUUCCUCUCAAUCUGCCCAUGCCGUUCGGGAAGGGCCGUAUCCAGCGCUUUCAAGAUCUUCAGUUGGACUACUCCCUCACUGAUGACUUCUGUAGGAAUCACUUCCUGGUGGGACUGUUGCUAAGGGAAGUGGGUGGAGCUCUGCAGGAGUUUCGAGACAUCCGUCAGAUUGCUGUACAGGUGCUGAAGAACCUGAUGAUCAAACACGCCUUUGAUGAUCGUUACACCUCCAAGGGUCAGCAGGCCCGCUUGGCUACACUGUACCUGCCUCUGUUCAGUAUUUUGCUAGAAAACGUCCACAGACUCGACAUUAAAGAUGUUACCAGCCAGCUGAACAGUUGUCAUAUGACUGGUGUUCUGGGCAGCUCUAUGCUCCGCUGUGACAAACUGGACCAGACUGAAGUCAAGAAUCUGUUAAUGUGCUUCCUGCAUGUGCUCAAGAGCAUGUCUGAAGAUGCUCUGUUCAACUACUGGAAUAAAGCUUCUCCAGCAGACCUUAUGAACUACUUCAGUCUACUGGAAGUGUGUCUUCAACGGUUCAGAUACAUGGGAAAGAGACACUUUGCCAGGAGUCUGGAGGGGUCGGGGCCGGUGGCUCACGAACGGCGCUCUCAGACACUUCCUGUGUCUCGCAGCAGGACGGGAGUGAUGCAUGUGCGACUGCAGCAGCUCAACAGUCUGGAUAACUCAUACACUUACAACCACACUUACAGUCAUUCAGAUGCUGAUGUGUUGAAUCAAUCUCUGCUGGAAGGAAACAUUGCCACAGAAGUGUGUCUGACUGUUCUGGACACACUGAGCAUCUUCAUCAUGGGCUUUAAGACUCAGCUGAGUUUGGAUCACGGUCACAAUCCCCUCAUGAAGAAAGUGUUCCAGGUUCAUCUGUGCUUUUUACAAAUCAACCAGUCAGAGACGGCCCUCAAACAGGUCUUCACUUCCCUUUGCACUUUCAUCUACAAGUUUCCAUGCACAUUUUUUGAGGGUCGUGCAGACAUGUGUGAGUCAUUCUGUUAUGAGAUCCUGAAGUGUUGUAAUUCCAAACUGAGCUCCAUACGCAGUGAUGCGGCUCAUCUGCUCUACUUCCUCAUGAAGAGCAACUUCGACUACACAGGACGCAAAUCCUUCAUCCGCACACACCUACAGGUGGUUAUUGGUGUUAGUCAGCUGAUCGCUGAUGUCAUCGGAAUAGGAGGGACGAGGUUUCAGCAGUCCUUGUCAAUCAUCAACAACUGUGCCAACAAUGACAAAACGAUCAAAAACACAGCAUUCCCAUCGGAUGUGAAAGACCUGACAAAGAAAAUCAGAACGGUUCUGAUGGCCACAGCUCAGAUGAAGGAGCACGAACGAGAUCCAGAGAUGCUGGUUGACCUGCAGUACAGUCUGGCCAAGUCUUAUGCCAGCACACCGGAACUCCGCAAGACAUGGCUGGAUAGCAUGGCCCGCAUCCAUGUGAAGAACGGAGACCUCUCUGAGGCAGCCAUGUGUUAUGUGCAUGUAGCAGCGCUGGUGGCUGAGUACCUGCGAAGGAAAUGCAUGUUCAGACAGGGCUGCUCGGCGUUCAGAGUGAUCACACCAAACAUUGAUGAAGAAGCUUCUAUGAUGGAGGAUGUGGGGAUGCAGGAUGUUCACUUUAAUGAGGAUGUUUUGAUGGAGCUUUUGGAAGAGUGUGCUGAUGGAUUAUGGAAAGCCGAGCAUUAUGAACUCAUUUCUGACAUCUACAAACUCAUCAUCCCCAUUUAUGAGAAAUGCAGAGACUUUGAGAAACUGGCUCAUCUCUAUGACACACUUCACCGUGCCUACAGUAAGGUCACAGAGGUCAUGCACAGGGGCAAACGCUUGCUGGGAACAUACUUCAGAGUGGCGUUCUUCGGUCAGGGCUUCUUUGAAGAUGAAGAUGGUAAAGAAUACAUUUAUAAGGAGCCCAAAUUCACCCCACUGUCUGAGAUCUCACAAAGACUCCUUAAACUGUAUUCAGAAAAGUUUGGAGCAGAGAAUGUGAAAAUGAUCCAGGAUUCAGGCAAGAUUAAUCCAAAAGAUCUGGACUCUAAAUACGCUUAUAUCCGAGUGACUCAUGUCACUCCAUUCCUGGAGGAGAAGGAACUGCUGGAGAGAAAAACUGACUUUGAGAGGAGCCACAACAUUCGCAGAUUCGUCUUUGAGAUGCCCUUCACUGUUUCAGGCAAAAAACAAGGCGGUGUGGAGGAACAGUGCAAACGCAGGACUAUACUGACCACCACGCACUGUUUCCCGUAUGUAAAGAAGCGCAUUGCAGUGAUUUAUCAGCAUCAUGUGGAUCUGAACCCCAUCGAGGUAGCCAUUGAUGAGAUGAGUAAGAAGGUGCUGGAGAUCAGACAGCUGUGUUCCUGCAGUGAUGUAGACAUGAUCCAACUCCAGCUCAAACUACAGGGCAGCAUCAGUGUCCAGGUAAAUGCAGGUCCUCUUGCCUACGCCAGGGCUUUCCUGGAUGAUGCCAGCACUAAGAAAUACCCAGACAACAAAGUCAAACAGCUCAAAGAAUUCUUCCGGCAGUUUGUGGAAGCGUGUGGUCUGGGUUUAGGCAUUAAUGAGCGUCUGAUUAAAGAAGACCAGCAGGAGUAUCAUGAUGAGAUGAAGGCCAACUACAGAGAUCUCACCAAAGAGCUUGCUGUUAUUAUGCAGGAGCCUAUCAGUCCAGUGGAUGAUGGCAUGCAGAGUCCAAUUCCAGAUUCUCUUCACAUCUUUAAUGCCAUCAGUAGAACGCCCACUUCAGCUAUGAUCCAGGGCCUGCCCAACUCAUCCUCUGUGGUGUGAACCUUAUGACCUUUUACCUUUUAUUUUACUGGACAUCUCCAACCCAACACACACACAACUGCAUGAUGACAAGUGUGGCAGAGGGGGGAGAUCUGUUUGUUUCUGCCUCAUCCAGGGGAUUUCACCUACUGUUUCCUGUGGAGACUUUAUAAAAAAAAAAUUUAUAAAAAGAUUUUUAAUUUGUGACCAUUUUGCCACUUACAUGAACACCAGUUGCAGUUAGAGCACAGGAACUGAUCGAGAGAAGACGUGGGAACUGGAUCGGGAAAUGAAAUAAAACUGGUGUCCCCUACAUGAGCACCACAUCUUGUCAGAGCACGUACUGUAACCGCUAAUUCACAGCUCAUAGGCAUUUGACAAACACUAUAUGGUCAAAAGAAUGUGGACUAGUGCUGGAUGACAUAUGGAAUAUUAAUGAUAAAAUCACAAUGUUUUUCAAAUGAUAAAAUUGAACCAAUAUCGUGAAUAUAGUAAUAAUUUGAAUGUGCUUUAUGUUUGGUCACUGUGUUUUCUAAAGAGCGCAUCAUUAGACUAAUUUCACGUUGCUUCAGGACUGCACAAUAAAUCAAAAUAACAUCAGGAUCCUGAUAUGGUCCGAGAUUAAACCGCAAAAGUUAAUGGUAGUUUUUGCACACCCUGUUCAUUCACCAAUAAUUAUACUAUGUACCAUUGUAGAUGGGAGCAUAUGAAUAAACAACUAAAUAUCAUUCUUCUUUCUGUUCAUUUAGUUAAAAACUGUGGAAAACAUGCCUUCAUUCUUUUUCAUGAGAUUUUUACUUCCUGCAGUAAACAUUUUGGGUUUGCUUGGCUACAACCGCUGUUGAGUUGAAAUGAUGGUUUCUCUGAUUAAAAACAAAAACUUUAAAGCCAUUUCCGAGCAAAUAAAUAAUUAUCGAGAUAUAUUUUGAAUAUUGUAAACUGGCUGAAAAAUAUUGAGAUAUAAUUUUUGUAGGCACAUCGCCCAGCCCUAAUGUGGACACCCUCAUUUAGUUAACUGGUUCAGCUACAACCAUUACUAAAAUCAACAGUCAUGCAGUCUCCUUACUGAUGCUCUUGUGUCCCCACAUCCAUGUUUCAACAUACACUGGAAGUUGGAAUAAUGUACAGAUUUUGCUCUUAUGGAAAGAAAUUGGUACUUUUAUUCACCAAAGUGGCAUUCAACUGAUCACAAUGUAUAGACAGGACAUUAAUAACAUGAAAAAUUACUAAUACAAUUUAAACUACUUCAAAGAGUUCUCAUCACAAAAUCCUCCAUGUGCAGCAAUGAUAGCUUUGCAGAUCCUUGGCUUUCUAGCUGUCAGUUUGUCCAGAUUCUCAGGUGACAUUUCACCCCACACUUCCUGUAGCACUUGCCAUAGAUGUGGCUGUCUUGUUGGGCACUUCUCAUGCACCUUACAGUCUAGCUGAUCCCACAAAAGCUCAAUGGGGUUAAGAUCCAGAACACUCUUUUCCAAUUAUCUGUUGUCCAAUGUCUGUGUUUCUUUGCCCACUCUGACCUUUUCUUUUUGAUUUUCUGUUUCAAAAGUGUCUUUUUCUUUGCAAUUCUUCCCAUAAGGCCUGCACCCCUGAGUCUUCUCUUUACUGUUGUACAUGAAACUGGUGUUGAGCGGGUAGAAUUCAAUGAAGCUGUCAGCUGAGGACAUGUGAGGUGUCUAUUUCUCAAACUAGAGACUCUGAUGUACUUAUCCUCUUGUUUAGUUGUACAUCUGGCCUUCCGCAUCUCUUUCUGUCCUUGUUAGAGCCAGUUGUCCUUUGUCUUUGAAGACUGUAGUGUACACCUUUGUAUGAAAUCUUCAGUUUUUUGGCAAUUUCAAGCAUUGUAUAGCCUUCAUUCCUCAAAACAAUUAUUGACUGACGAGUUUCUAGAGAAAGCUGUUUUUUUUUUUUUUUUUUUUGCCAUUUUU